GCGGCAGUCUUUCCCGCCAAGCCUCAAUGCCUUGCCAGCGACAGCACUUUGUAUCCAGAACUCCUCCGUUAGGCCCCGCCACCCAGACGGACGACUCGUACAUCCUCGGCUAUGAUCCCACAGGUGUUCCUCUGGGCAGUCAGCUCUCAGCCCCUGCUACCCCCUGUCAGGAUAUUUGGGUCCUAAGGAGCUCUCCCACUGGUGACAGGAACAGUGUCGGCAGCACUGGCAGCGCCGGCAGCAGUCGCAGCGCCGGCAGUGGUCAGAGCUCUGAGAGUGGCCACAAACAGAAUGGAACCCACAACCGCCACCACCACGACACGGUGAAGCUGGCGCCCUCUGCUGGUGAAACUAGAGACCAAAACAAGCACAUUAGUGGAUCCUCAGGUGGGUCCCGUCGGCAAGUCAACACCUCUAAAGGCUUCGUCAGACCAGAACAUCUGCUGGAGGGCAAGGACUCCGAAGCCAUCUACCAGUGGUUGUGUGAGUUCCAGCUGGAGCAGUACACCUCCAGCUUCAUCAGAGCAGGAUAUGAUGUUCCCACCAUCAGCAGGAUGACUCCUGAGGAUCUGACAGCUAUAGGUGUGACCAAACCGGGCCACAGAAAGAAGAUCUCCAUGGAGAUCAGUAAGCUGAGCAUCCCUGAGUGGCUGCCAGAUUACAUUCCUUCAGACCUGGGGGAGUGGCUUAGUGUGAUUGGACUCCCACAGUACCAAAAGAGAUUGUGUGACAAUGGCUACGACUCCAUCAGCAUUGUGAAGGACAUCACCUGGGAGGACCUGCAGGAAAUAGGAAUCACUAAACUGGGCCAUCAGAAGAAGCUGAUGUUAGCAGUGAAGCGACUGUGUGACCUGCACCGUAACCACGCCGACAGAACCGAAGGUGGGACUCUCAGGCGAAAGCCCCCCGCUGCUCUGGAGCUGGUCACCAUCGAACACACACCAACACACAACGUGCACCCCGACGCCCCGCCCAACAACUGCUGCCCCUCUCCUCAGACCCCCAGAGCCCUCCUCUCAUUCCAGGACAGCGAGCUGAGUGCCGAGCUGCAGAGCGCCAUGAUGGGCAGGGCUGGGGGAGGAGCAUGUGAGGCUUUUGGUGUGAGGGGCGUGACUUCUUCUGCAGCUCUAGCUGCCAUGUCAGUGAGUGAAGAGAGCCUCAGCAGGCGCUCUCAGGGUUCAGGGAACUCUGGAAAUUCAAAUGUAGGAUUUUCCAACAAUCAACCAACGGCCCCAGGUCCAGUGAGGACCGAGGAGGGUCCGGUCAGUGGAGGAGAGGAGGCCAGAUGUGGACCUGCUGGUCCUGCAGGCAGAAAUAAACAACUGGCCAAUGAGAUGAGGGAGCACCAGAGUUUGUCUGCUUCCCCAAACACGCUGAUGUUCUCUUCUGUCACCCCUCCGCUCACCCCCAGCAAGAUGCCCCGCCUUGGUUACCCAGCCGUCCCCCCUAAGGCCAAACACGUCCAGUCUCCUAACCACCUUCUUCAGCCUCAGCACCGGCCUGCCCCCUCCCCGUCCUCUCCAUCCCCACAGCCCUGCCCCACACAGAAGACCUUUGCACUCAUACAGGCCCAGGUAAGCAGCCUCAACGGGGCUCCAAGAGUGCUCUCCAAACCCCUACCAGGAAGUGUCCCUGUGCUGAGACCCCCAGCAGCACUGGUCCCAGGCAACAGCCCCUCUCAAAGCCUGACCCGGUACACUCUGUCUGACGGGGAGCCUGAUGAAGAUGACGGUCACACUCACCCCUCCAGGGUCACGCUGUCCUUCGCCACCCUGUCUCGCAAACCGGGCCGCGGCUCCGGGGCUCAGCGUCACGUGAACCGCAGCCAGUCCUUCGCCGUGCGCUCACGAAACAAAGGUCCGCCCCCACCACCGCCCAAGAGAAUGAGCUCAGUGAGCGGCAGCCCUGUGAGACAGCAGGGGGACAGCACCUCGCUGGAGCCGGAGGGGUCAGAGGUGAAGAGCAGUGUGGAGUCAGAGAGCGCAGGGAGCGUGAGGAGCAUCGCAGCCAGGCUGGAGGGCAGCAGCAGCAGCAGUCCAUCCAGGCGUAUAGAUAUACCACCAACAUUUAUCCAUGGCUCACCUGGACACAGUCCCAUUACCACCCCACUCACACACGGAUUCCCCUCACACAUCAUCCUGCACCACUCCAAACCAGUCCCUGCUCUGGGUCUGGGGGGCUUGAGGAGGGUGGGAAGUGAGCGAACAGAAGACGACACUGACAGAUACAGAGCUGGAAGGAAUGAAGAAAAGCAACGAGUCAGGAGAAACGACAAACACCUGAAGAGUGCAUCUGUGUCGCCAAAGACCACCUGCAGGGAGCACCUCCCCUUCGCUGAGGAGGGAAACCUCACUAUCAAACAGAGACCCAGGGUUUUAUCUGUCACUGCGGGAGACAUCAAGACCCCAUCAGAGAGUCCGGUCCAGACCCCGAACAGCCUGGAGCUCCCCGAGUUCAACCUGAAAGAGUCUGAUACGGUGAAAAGACGACACAAACCCAAAGACAAACCUGAGGGGGCUACCACCCCCAACAGGGAGGACACCAUGCUCCACAGGCAGGAUUAUAUCACCACAGGAAGUCCUGAAGAGGCUCCGACACUCAGAAAUGUUUUCCAGAGAGUCGGCUCAAUGGGAAAAGGUCCAAAGCCUCCAGUGUCCUCAAAACCCCCCACUCCUCUUCAGCAAACCCCCAACGGCAAACCAACAAGCCCCCAUAAAAUGUCUCCGUCAACACAAACUGCCAUUCCACAGUUGACCAGUGUGCAGAUUCAUACAGUCUCACCAAAGAUGAACGUCAGUAAUCCUCUUCAGACGGCUGUUCUGAGUCCUAAACCUGUGAAGCACCAACACACAGUCCUGUCUAAGGUCUGUCCUGGUCCUGAGAGCCCAGAGAAAACUGUCCUGUCUGGAUCCAGACCCCAUCAGCCUCGCCCGGCGCUCAGCUCAUCAGCAGACACUGAGUUCAUCAUUCAGAGUGUUUCCUUUGCUGCUCCGUCCUCUCUGGUACCAACAUCCAACCCCCCUUCUCCAUCUGGUGUGGCAGUUCUGGAGGUUCUGGCUCAGAAGAGACUGGAGCAAACCAGCUCAUCUCUGGAGGCUGCACUCAAAGUGGUGGAAAACAAACUGGCCCAAGGAAGCAGUGUGGACAGCAGCAGCAGCUCAGUGACGGCAGCAGGGAACAUUCUUGACGACAUCGGCUGCAUGUUUGAUGAUCUGGCUGACCAGCUGGACGCCAUGUUGGAGUGACCCCACAAGGCGGUCUGCUGCAGCAAACAGGAAGCUGAGACUCAGGUUGAUGCAGCUUUGCUGCCUCAGAGGAGCGACAGGAAGGAAACAGGAAGUUCCUCCUGCAGGAGCUGAGGGUCCGUUUGUUGCAUGUACAGUAAAUAUAGACAGUAGGUGGUGUUUUGUAUAGCUUCACACAUCUGAUGAGUUAUAUUUAUAUUUCUAAAUGUCAUUAACCGAGUUUAUAGUAAAUAGGUAAUGUUUGUAUAUUUUGCUGCCUAAUGUAAGUAGCUUAUAAAUCCCAGUUUAAUGUAUGAAAAGGAGCUUUUUCUGUUUUUACCAAAGUCUUUCCUGCAGCUCCUCAGCAGGUUUCAGUCUGGGUUCAGGGUUUCCAGCUCCACUGAGGACGAUGUAAAUAAACUCCAAAGAUCUUUGUUCAUCUGCGGUCGGGUCAACAGAUUGUUCUCAGAGAACGUCAGGGAUUAAAAAAAGACUGAACACUUUGAGCAGCUCUGGACCCAGAUGUGUUGAAAUAAAUGUUUUCAGUCAGGCCUAAAUAAGCAGAUGGCAUUAACUAAAUUAACUGAAAUCACAGGUAUUUUGUCUUAAUAUAUUUUGCUUAUUUAAACUUCGUAUUUUCCAAAUUAAUUUUUAAAAAGUUUUUUUAUAUAAAUAUUUUGAAAGGAAAAAGCUUUUAUCCUGUGACCAUGCUUUCCUCAGACCUACAGAAACCUGGCUCAGCUUGGUUUGACCUCAUCAGGAACAUGUUUCACAAGAAACUACAACCAAAAUAAACAACUAAUUACUGUUUAUUUUUAUAAAGACACAACUUUAUCCUGCUGAAGUAAAUGAAUUCAGUUCAUUUUUGUAAAAUCUGUGGAUCUGAUCCAGGAUCAGCCGUGUUUAGUUUAGUAAAGCCCGGCAUUUAUCUCCAAUAACUCUCUUUGCUAUGCACUUUAAAAACUGAAUAAAUAAAUUUGUCAUUUAUUCCCCUGGUUUUAUUUUGUAAAAAUGUUUCUAAUUUCUAAUCUAAUGAGAGUUACAGUAUUUUAAAGAGUAGCUCUGAAGUCUUCCAGCCUGGAUUCUUGGUAAAGUGGCAGAAAGUUGGAGACGACAGCUCUCCUGUUCAGUCAUUUUAACAUUCAUAUAUUCAGAUUGUGCUUUUUUUUUCUUUCCUAAUGUGAAAAAGACAAUUAUUUUAACAGCUUCACUGUUACCCAUUAAACUAGUUUUCUGCUGCUUUACCUGGCAGAAAAAAAAUCCUUCAGUUCUGAUGAUUUCUUUUUGUAAGAUUGGAUGUUUAGUUCAUUUAGUUUAAAUGUUUUAUUCAGAUUUAACUCAAUGUGUCAUCCUGAAACUAAUGUAAAAACCAUUUGUACUAAUAAAGUUUUAUGACUUUCAGUAGUGGAGCAGCGUACAGAGUUGACAUGAAGUCACAAAGAAAAAAGGUUUCCAGUCGUCUAUGCAGUUCUGUAAACAUCCUGACGUUGUUAAACGAGUCACAAAGUUGGGAGAAACCCAGACAUCCCUCUCCACAGCAGCUCGUCCUGCUGGACCCCGAGGUGUUCCCAGGUCAGAGGGGAGACAUAAUCUCUGCAGCGAGUUCUGGAGAAAUGACUGUUUAUGAAUUAAAUCUGCAUCUAAGAAUCA